UCGGUUUUGGCGUCUGCUGCUGUUUUGCGUACCUGAAGGAUGCCGGAUCCGGCGAAAUCCGCUCCUGCUCCUAAGAAGGGUUCCAAGAAAGCCGUGACGAAAGUGCAGAAGAAGGAUGGCAAGAAGCGCAAGCGUAGCCGCAAGGAGAGCUACUCCGUGUACGUGUACAAGGUACUCAAGCAGGUGCACCCCGACACCGGCAUCUCGUCCAAGGCCAUGGGCAUCAUGAACUCGUUCGUCAACGACAUCUUCGAGCGCAUCGCCGGCGAGGCGUCGCGCCUGGCGCACUACAACAAGCGCUCGACCAUCACGUCCCGGGAGAUCCAGACGGCCGUGCGCCUGCUGCUGCCUGGUGAACUGGCCAAGCACGCCGUGUCCGAGGGUACCAAGGCCGUCACCAAGUACACCAGCUCCAAUGUUCACAGCAUCCUUACCCGAAGUGGAUUCCACCUCGAAAAACCACUCUGUUCACCCGUAAGAAGCAGCUCCUCAUCCGCUUAGGUUCCAUCAGGAGAUUGCAGCGAUUCAGUCCCUGCUCCAGAUACACUUCUGAUUCCAUUGCUGCCCCCUCUGCAGCUACUGCGUGCACCUGACCCCUCACAGCCAGUCCUGACGGCUGCAACCAGCUUCUUCCAGACUCCUGUUGAGGCUGACAUUUCGGCCUCCUCUCCUGCCUAAACGAAGGACGUCCUUCUUGGCAUCGAGAGAGGUGAAUCUUUUCCAGAAGGUUUUCAAAUUACUUUACCCAUAUUCAUCAGAGGAAUUGCUAUCUAAUAGCUAUAGCCUUACAAAAUGUAUUUCUCAAGAAGACUUGAAGGUCAAAAGGAGUCCUUGACCCAUGAGGGCAGAGUGGAUGUUGCAUUCACAGGCAUGGAAACAACAUUAACUUCACGGAACAUCUCCAUCAGCACCCUUGGGGCACCAGGCGCAUUGUCAGUGAAAGGAAUCUUCUCUCUCCUGAGCAGCAUAAUUCAGCAAACCCCACUUAAACCUGCGCGCUGGCAGCCAGACUCUGGCUGUCUCUGAAACACGGGCGCAGUAGAUUUUGCGUAAUUCUUCAGGGCCCUGGCAUUUCACGUGGCGGAUGAGCAUUUUCAACUGAAAGCCGCCAGCUGCAUUAGCCCCUAA